AUGAGCUCUUGUCAACUUUGGAGGGACCACACCGAACGAGCAUUUCAGUACAAGCUGCUCUUAUUAUACGAUGUUUUUACCCACUGAAAUUGGUAGAUAAGAUGUGGGAGGCUUACCAGCUGGGCAAGCAGUUUGAAGGUACCUUCAGCCCCGAAGUUGUUCGGUACAUGCUGUACGCCCUUACAAGGGCAGACAGAAUACCGCACGUAGAGGAGGUGCUCGCGGAUUAUUACCGGAGUCUUGAUGCGAGCGCACUUUCUCACAGCAUGACGGUAAUUGGGGAAAGCGUCUUCCAUUGCUUAUUUGAAAUGUAUAUAAGGGCCGGGCAAUCUGACAAGGUUGUCGAGAUGUUCAAGGAGAUGGUCAUGAGGAAGCUUCACAUACGACCAUACUUUUCUCUCGCUUGGUAUAAAAGGUUGCGGAAACAUGGCUACCAUAAGGAGGCGGAGCAGCUGAAAGCACUCUCGGUUAAGAGGAGACGGUCAAACAAGGUCCAGCUUAAAUCGGUGUACAAAUAUUAGGAGGUCCGCUUAGUGUAAGCUUUUGAACAGGAUGAGAUAUGAAAGUUUUUAGAUAAGCGGUCAACUCAGGAUUCAAAACGAGGGUUGCCAUGCAUGUGAAAUGAGUCGGCUAGCUACAAGAUACUUUAGACUCGUUCAAUUGUCGUUCAGCAAUCAAUUAACAUGUUCGUUGUGAGAAGGACGGGUGGCGGCACGUAUGUAGCCGGUGGACAGCGCCAUAUGCGAAUAUUCAAUUUGAAGGAACGCCACCAUUGAAG